UUCCGUUGUGCGCAGUUGGUUACUGCGCAGCGCGCAUCGUUCAGCUGUUCACAAGUAACCCGCACGCAUGCGCAUUGUAGCUCCAGUAACCGUUAUUUUCAAAGCGACCAUGCAUAAGGUACGCCGUUAGAGAAAGCAACAAGAGAACGAACGCAUCCAUACGCCAUUUCUAUGUUAUGUAAAAAUUCUGUUUUGUGAUAAUUAAAUGGACGUGAAAUCAACCAGUGCAUCAUUAAAAUAUAUCAGUUUGUAAUCUCGGAAUCAGGAAGUUAAAUUAUUCGUGUGUGUCUAUUGUGUUUUGCGCGUUGUGGCAAUGCAUCAAAACGCAAUGGUGGAUCGUGCAAGCAUGCACAGACACGCCGAUUUGUCGGCGUCAUCAAGCAGCGAUCCAGACGUCGAGGUAGAAAUGCGAUUCAAUAUGUCUGGUGACGAGGAAGACACACCACGCGAACGCGUUAUUAGCUCGACGCCUAAGAUCUCAUCAAGGCGGCUUCACUUCGUCGACGAUGAGGAUGAGCAAGAGGACAGCGCCACGGAGAUUCUGACGAUCCGACAGCCCCCAAACGCCAGCUUCAGUCCACCGUACAGGAAGGUGCGCGCCCUGCGGCUGCUGGAUCGACCGCUCACACCGAGAACGCUUUCGGCGAACUCGGUGUGCACUCCGCCGCGUCGUUCUCGGCUCUUCCUAUCGCCGUUUGAUCAACAACAGCAGCAGUCUGUUGAUGGCGCUGAAACCAGCUGUAGUAGUUUAGCAGAAGUGCCUUCUGUGAAUAUAAAUCCAUUCACGCCACAAGCGCUGCGUAUGCAGAAGAAUAAAAAACGUAUGAGGGAUCAGGUAUCACCUGGUUUACCUGGAAUCAGUUCUCAAUCCAAUAUUCCAAUGAUGACAUUCAGUAAUGAUCAAGAUAUGAAUGAUGAUAGUGAUUUACAGCCACCUUCAAAAAGAUUAGCUCUAAGUGAGAACAAUAUCUCAAGAUAUCAUCAUGAAUUCGCUGAAGUGAGUCUCCUGGGCACCGGACAAUUCUCACGCGUGUAUAAAUGCAUCAAUCGCUUAGAUGGCUGCAUGUACGCGAUCAAACGCUCGAAGAAACCCGUAGCUGGGUCUUCGAAUGAACGCGCCGCAUUGAACGAAGUUUGGGCGCAUGCGGUACUAGAUUGGCACGAAAACCUCGUCGGCUAUCACUCUGCCUGGGCGGAACACAAUCAUAUGUACAUCCAGACAGAGUACUGUAAUCGUGGUACACUUGCUGAUAAAAUUGCUAACGAAAGUCUUGAGUUUCCUGAGUGUCAGCGUUUACUACAGCAGAUUGCUGAAGGUUUAAACUAUAUGCACUCGCAUUCGCUGGUGCAUCUCGAUAUCAAACCGGAUAAUAUCUUCAUUUCGGUGUCUAAGAAGAGAAAGCGCUCGGGGAUUUCCUACAACGAUUCAGCCGACGAUGGAUUCGCUGAAGACGAAGAGCUGACGUAUAAAAUAGGCGACUUGGGUCAUGUUACGUCGACAACUGAUGCGCAAGUCGAAGAGGGCGAUUGUCGUUAUCUGCCAUUGGAGGUUUUACAGGAGAAUUAUUCGAAUUUAAAAAUGGCUGACAUUUACUCGUUGGGAUUGACGGUGCUCGAGGCGUCCGGUUAUGGGCCGAUGCCGAAAAAUGGCGAUGAGUGGCAACAGCUACGUGAGGGUAAGAUUCCCAAAGAUGUUAAAUACCUUCCGAGCGAUUUUCUCGAACUGCUGAAGUCGAUGAUUGAUCCAGAUCCUCUGAAAAGACCAACUUGUGAACAGAUUUUACUGUAUCGUAAAGUGAGCCAUGUCACCGAAGCAACGAAAUCCUACGAACAGCUCCAUCGGGAGUACAAGGCAUCUGUACUCAAAGCGGAGUUGCUUUCUAAGCAACUAGAGGAAGCAACACGAUGUAUAAAAUCCCUCACGCCCGAUACGAAGCGCCUCAUUGGUAAAAAGAAGACGCGAUCUGUUAGCUCGUUGAAUUUUUAAAUGUACAUUUUACAUACCGCUUUCGCCAAACAACCUCGCGAUAUCAUCGUCAUAUGUCGCGCAUUAAUAUACCUUAUAUUUUAUUCUAUAAUUAUAUUUUAUUUAGGGGUGGAUGGAAAACGAAUACCAAAUAAACUGCUUGCAUGCUAGCAGAAAUCUGAAGGAUGCAGUGUUCGUUUUGUCGACAUAGAUGAGCUAAGUGAUAAACUGUGGAUUUCGUAUGGACCGCAAUCGAAAUCGUAAAUGAAAUGUGAUAAAUGCAAUCAAUUGUUAUAUUUACGCCGAGCGAGGUAGCUGAAGGUGUGAAUGUUCCACGAGUAGUAAAUGCGCACGAACGAAACAAGGUAGUAAUGUUAUACAUUUAGAUUAGAAGCAAAGAAGAUGAAUCUGUUGUAAAAGGGAUGUGUUAGAGUUGUAACGUUAAUUUUACCACUGCACCAUUUUAUAUUGAAUAUUUUACUAGCUACUAUGAUAAAAUUGUUAUUUUAAUAAGUGAUAGAAGUCCGUGUUGCGUAUUGUUGAAUUUCGAUGUGGUUUAGACACGCUUAUAAUGUUACAUUGGUUGUUUUUCUUCUUUACAUCUAUGUGUUGGGCGUUGGUAGACUGCUGGAAUCCGAACACGAUGCUCUCAACUACGGAUAUGGCUAAUACAAUCUUAUGAAUGUAAAUCGAAAACAAAACAAUGUGAUUUUUACAUAUUUCCUAUUGAUAUUAAUGAUAAUUUUGUAAAAUGUAUAUUUAUUAUUUUUAUAUCUUUAUUGUAAUAUUUGCCGCUCCUGUGAAGGGGGCGUUUUAUGCUGUAUCAUUUCUCUCACUUAAAUUUGUAUUUUUGCUUAUAUGUAUUUGGCUGCAUUAUAUUUAAACUAUUUUUGCUAUUUCUUUUAAAAAAUAUAUCACUCAAUAAAACUUUAACAAAUA